AUGCCGAGCGAAGUCGUCGGCGAGUUCGUCGACGUCCCGCGCCCCGUCGCCAUCCUCCUCGAAUGCGCCUAUGUCGUCCUCUUAGCCUUGGGCUUCCUCGCCUCCAUAUUCACCGCCGCCUGCCUGCUUUGGCAAUUCCUCGGAAACGGGCGUCCGCUGGCUCCAUCUUUCUUGUUUGCGCGGGCGAGUUCGGAAGAGGAAAGAUUCAAGGACGGAGAGUCGUGUGAAGAGCGUGCGGGGUUGGAGUUUGGAGAUGACACGGAUGAGGAGUAUUUGCGGCGGCCUUAUUGA